CUGCAGAUGGCGGUAAUGUACUUCGUUUGCAAACCGCCAAAUAAAAACCACAGAAGAAGAAGAAGAAGCAGCAGCUUUACUGCCGAGUUCAUCAGCUGGACAACACCCGCUGAUUCAGAAUUUUUGAGCUGUGUUAUCAAGAUGGAUGCUGACAAUGAAGCCAAAGGUAAGGUGAGCGACCAGGCGAUGCAGAACCCACAAGUGUUGGCAGCUCUUCAGGACAAAAUAGACAGUGUCUCACAUAGUGCUUCCAUCAUGGACAGCUUGCCAAAGUCUGUGAAAAGAAGAGUCAAUGCCUUAAAGAAUCUUCAGGUUAACAGCACGCACAUCGAAGCCAAGUUUUACAAGGAGGUGCAUGAGCUGGAGAGAAAGUAUAGCGCUCUCUAUCAGCCGUUAUUUGACAAAAGAAGAAACAUUGUCUCUGGAGAAGUGGAACCCACUGAUGAGGAGUGUGAAUGGCAGAGUGACCAUGAGGAUGAAGCAGCAUUAGCAGAAGACAUGAAGAAGAAAGCUGCUAUAGAGGAAAAGACAGAAGAUGCUAAUGAGGAGAAACCCAAAGGAGUUCCAGAGUUUUGGCUCACCAUAUUCCGGAGUGUGGACAUGUUGAGUGAUAUGCUGCAGGAGCAUGAUGAACCAAUACUUAAACAUCUUCAGGAUAUUAAAGUGAUAUUUUCUGGUCCUGAUCAGCCCAUGAGCUUCACAUUAGAGUUCCAUUUUGAACCCAAUGAAUACUUCACCAACACAGUCCUCACAAAAGUAUACAAGAUGAAGUCGGAGCCAGAUGCAGAGGAUCCGUUUUCAUUUGAGGGGCCAGAAAUCAUCGACUGUGAUGGGUGUCAAAUUGAUUGGCACAAAGGCAAAGAUGUGACAGUAAAAACGAUCAAGAAGAAACAGAAGCACAAAGGCAGAGGGACAGCGAGGGUCAUCACCAAACAAGUGCCCAAUGACUCCUUUUUCAACUUUUUCAACCCUAUUAAAGUUUCACCAGAUAAAGAGUUGGAUGAGGAUUCAGAGUACACUUUAGCCACAGAUUUUGAAAUCGGCCAUUUCUUCAGGGAAAGGAUCGUUCCGAGAGCAGUUUUGUAUUUCACAGGAGAAGCUCUGGAGGAUGAUGAAAGUUUUGAUGAGGAGGAACUGGAUGAGGGUGAAGAGGAGGACCAAGAUGAGGAGGAUGAGGAUGAUGAAGAGGAGGGAGAUUCCAAGUGACAGGCAUAAGUCAUUCUCACCUCAUACAUUUCUAGACUGGGAAUCCUCAGCCUGCAGAGUGCAAACAACAGUAGCUUGGAUCACUCACUCCUGCCACUGUCAAACCCCAUCAGCUCACCUAGAAUCAGCCCUGUAGUGUGGCCUACAUUCCCUGAUGAGCACACCAUCCAACAAAACAAAAUAUGAUGAUGCAGUACAUUGGUAAACUAGUUUUUUAUCCAACAAAAUUUGCUUACUUUAAAAUUCAGUUGCUAUAUUACAACACUAUAGAUAAAUUGGGCAAUUCCAGAUUACAGUUGGGCCUCAGAAUGUAGAUAUAUAUACAUAAAUAAAUGUAAAACUAUUUUUUAAUUCAUGAUUUAGACAUGUACAGACAUAAUGACUUCAGAUAUCUCAUUGCAUAGCCAAAAAAAAACGUUGACUUGCAGGUUUGAAACAAUCUUGCAAGCAUUGUGUUCGCAUUCAAACAGGUGAAAUUUUAGGCCUGAAUAAAAUAAAUGGGAUUGUAUUCUAACUUCCUGUGCACAUCUAACCUUUGUGAAGGUUGCUUGUAUUUAACAAAUAGUUUUUCUUCUCACUUUUGAAGUGUUCGGUGUCAUGGGCAUAACCAUUUUUUACACAGCAUAUCUAUUUAUGUAUUUUUUUUUUUUAACAAAACUGCAUGUUUAUGCACUUAUUUAUGGAACUGCUAGCCAGCUAGCCAGUCCAACUAAUGUAUCAGUGAUAUGUUGCAGGCAUCAAGUAAUUGUGUUUAAUCAUAUCUGGCCUCUUUGCAAUAUGGACAUCUAACAUUUUCAUUUUCACCCGACAUUCUCUUGAAGAUCAUAAUAAAAAAUAAUAAAUGAAUAAAUCUCUGCAAUCCACUACAUAUGUAUGCUCAAUCGAUGUAGUCUCAUUUAUAUAUAUAUAUAUAUAUAUAUUAGUAUUUAAAUAUACAUUAUAUCCAUAAUGCUGGAAUUGCUCAAUUUAGAUAGUAAGGAGUCAAAGACGAUAUGGCAAAAGUCCAACUGCAGAUGAUCACAUAACCUGAAAGUCACAUUUUAUGUGAUCACAUCCUCAAGAUACAACAUCACAUCCUCGACUGAAUUAAUUUAUUUUGUGACUUGAUCUCAUAGGUUACUCAGGGUUUUUUUAUGCCAAGAUGACAGUGUGUGAGUAUCCAGCAUUGUGAAACUGAUAUCUAACCUGCUUAAUGUUCUCUUUUCUUGUAAAAGAAGGAAGACUUUUGAAAUGUAGUUUUAGUUAUAAUGGAGUUAUUUAUAAUAUAUCUUUACCAUCUUUAUAUUAUUGUUUUGAACUCUGUUUUGGUCUUGUGCUUCUUGUUGGAUCCCUGAGAGAAUAAGUUUUGCUGAUUUAUGUACUGUACCCAGUUGAUUAUAGCCCCUUUUAGCAUUUUAAAAAUGUUUUUGCUGUACUGCCCAAGCACUUACCAAAAAAAAUAAAUAAAUUAAAGCCCAUCUUUCAAGUUGAAGAUCCCUGUGAAUGAACGUGUAGAUAAAUAGUGUAGGAACUCGAUUUGCGUGAAGAAAUGAAUCAUAAAUGUGCAUUAAAUAAGUUUUUUAAAAGAAAUUGUGAGUAAAAUUACUUCCGCUGUUAAAAACGCUCUGAUCGGAAGUGACGCAACGGCCGGUAAAUCUCAUCUCUUCGUAAUGGAGUCAGACAGUGAAGAGGUUGCAGUAGGGGUUGAUGUCAACUCUUACGAUGGGCCAUUGCCCUAUAAUUAUAAGCCGCCUAGGCGAGAGAGUGGUCAGGCAGAGUUAAGGGGAAGGGUAAAUGGACAGAGGAGAGAGAUAGAGUUGUGGUGUGAGGAGAAUUGGGCAGGUGUCUUGGUGAGUGACCACAGGCUAUAGCUAAUUGUGGCUAACGUUGUCUCCAUGUUUAUCACAUUGCAGUAUCUUUAAUAAAUCAUAUUUAGC